AUGCCAACACACAAGGGCAUGAAACAACAAGAAGAAUGCGAGAAAAAUAGAAAGAGAAAUAUGUGCGGAACCUUAAGAGAAUAUGUACAUAUUGCGAAUAGAAACGAAAUUAUGAUACUUUUAGGGUUGACUUGGUGGUGGGAUAGAAAUGAAACCGAACGAUUUCCCCAUCUUAAGAGAAGAUUUUGGAAGACAGAGGUUGCGCUUGGAGUUUCAUAUCAUAACUCAAUCGUAACAUGGUGGAUAAAUGGUGUUUGGAAAAAUGUUUUUGCAAUUUAUCCGCGGGAUGUUCUCAUCUCACAUUUAGGAUUGUUAGAGGAAAGUUAA